AACUCGGCGCCAACGGGUUGGCGGGUCCGGCCGUGACGGACAGUUGUCAUUCCUCUUCCGUGAAGUUGCUCCCGUGUGCGAUUUCUACGCCUCGCGCACGUCCGCCGCGCGCUCCCGCGAUUGUCGCGCGCGUAAAAUGCGCUAGCCGCCCUCGCGGAUCACCGCCGGACAGCAUUUCGUUCAGUGCAGUGUUGACAGUGAAUACGUAGAGCAUGACGGAGCCGAAGCCAUCAGGACUGCGACCACCGUCGAAGAUAGGCCGGCCCUGCUCCACCAUGCCUCCCAGACCGGCGAUUCCGCCUUCCCCGUUGAGACCAGCGACCAAUCAGAUGGAGCCUCUCUGGGAGUCGCACGGCCGUCAAAUAAACGAGGCUAGCUUGCGAAGAGGGUCAGAUACCAGCGUCGUCCUAACCGAGGAUACAGACAGCUUUAAAAUUGGAGAUCGAGUAUGGGUCGGCGGCACGAAACCGGGCACGAUCGCUUAUAUCGGCGAGACGAAAUUCGCCCCCGGAGACUGGGCAGGAGUCGUCCUGGACGAGCCCAUCGGGAAGAACGACGGUUCAGUGGCGGGUAGCCGGUACUUCCAGUGCGAGCCGAAGAGAGGGAUCUUCUCGAGGCUCACCAGACUCACCAGGUUGCCGCUGGGCGAUCAUCAGAUCACGCCGUUGACGCCGCCCGACAGCACCAGGAGCGGCUUCCUCAACAAAUCCAUGUCGUCGUCACUGAAUGCAUCGACGACAAGCCUGUCGUCCACGACUCAGAGGGGCGAGCUGAGGAUAGGUGACCGGGUGAUAGUGUCGUCGAGCCAGGGCAGCAAAACCGGCGUGCUCAGAUAUCAGGGUACCACGGAAUUCGCCGCGGGCGAGUGGUGCGGCGUGGAGCUGGACGACCCGGUCGGCAAGAAUGACGGGUCCGUCAAUGACAAAAGAUACUUCGAGUGCUCGCCCAAGCACGGCUUGUUCGCGCCCGUGCACAAGGUCAGCAGAUCGCCGUCCAGCAAGAGACCGUCCCUGUGCGUGGUGCACAAGCCGAGCCCCAAUGUCGCCGGUCUCCAGAAGAAGAGCGGCUCGCGCGAAUCGCUCAUCAGCCUCGCCUCGAGCGUCACCAGCGCGAGGACGAGCCCGGCGAGCGGUACCACCACGGCGAGGAGGCCUGGCAUGCGCACGCCGACACCUGCUCGAAGUUCACUGCAGGAAGUUUUGAAAGAGAAGCAGCAGGAGAUCGAGUUCCUGCGUAAGGAGCGGGACCUGGAACGCGAGAGGGUCACCAAAGCGGCGAAUCAAGCUGACCAGGCGGAGCAGUCGGCGCUCUCGAUCAAGCAAGAGUAUGAGAAGUAUUGCGAGCAGAUGCAGCAGACGGUCAGCGAGGCGGAAGUCACCGUCGCCAAGCUCCUCGACGAGAAGAGCGCGUUGGCGAUGCAGCUGGAGGAGGAGAAACGGAAGUGCGAGGACCUGCUGUUCCGUUUCGAAGAGGAAUCCGUGAAUAAAGACGACAUACAGAAAGAGAGAACUGAGCAAAGCGUCAUAAAUACCGUAAAUGAAAGCAAGAUCAAAGAGCUCGAGGAUGAGCUCGCGAAGGAGCGGCGGGAGCAUACCGUUCAGAAGGAACGCCACAACCUCGCAAUCUUCGAGGUUGAAGAGCACAUGGCGCAGCUGCGUCACGCGCUCAGUUGCGUGCAAAACUUUCAGCGUCAAGGUCUGGAUAGCCAUGAUCAGAGCUUGGACAAUAUCAAGUGCACCUUUGAGAGGAGACUGCAUGAGCAAUCGAGUCUGGUGGAGACGUCCUUGAAACGUAUCCGGGAAAUGGGGCUUUUGGUGAGCAAGACGGAACGGGAGUGCGCCGCGCGCAAAGAGUCCGAGAGUCGCCUAGAGAAGGAGCUGGGAGCUGUGAAACAAAACUUGCAAGACAAAGAGACAUUGGUAGAGAAUAUGAGACAGGAGUUCGAGAGAAAUACGAGCGCGUUGAACGAGGAGCUGCAAAAAUCGAAGGAAACGAUCGAAACGAUGAAGACGGAGAGCUUAAGCGAGAAGGAUUCGCUGCUGUCAGAGUAUCGACGGACGAUCGAGGAGAGAGACCGGUUGAUCAAGGAAAAGACCGAGGAGCUGGAGUCCAAGUCCAAGAGGCUAUUGGAGCAGCAAACUGCGGCUCUGGAGGGCUUGAAGGCCGAAAAUGUUAACCGUAUCCGUGAACUUUCCGAGUCCUUCGAACAGCAGUUGCGAGCGAAGGACACGAAAAUCGAGGAGUUCACGCAGCAGCUCGGGCAAAAAGUGUCCGAGACCGAGAGACUGUUGGCUGAAUUGGCCGCUGAGCGAGAGCUCUGCAAGAAGAAGGACGAAGAGCUUCUUAACGCUCUACGAAAAUUGGAAGAAUUAAGUACGAGGCUCAAAUUAGCCGAAGACAACAACAGUGUUUUGUCGAAACAAAUUGAAGACUACAGGGCCAAGAAUGACGACAACGUUAGAAUUAUUCAAGAGAAACAAAAGUUGGAACAAAAUCUAGCUAGUUUAAUUGCUUCGGAAGAGGAAUCCACCGCGCGGUUAAACAAAUUGAGCGAAGAACUGAAAGUGAAGGAUAAAGAGCUCGAGGAGCUGCGAAAUGCUACUUUGACUCAAAUGGAAGAAAUGACUAAACGUUUCGAGGCCCAAAUUAUUGACAAAACCAAAUAUAUCGACGAGAUAAACGCAGAUGUCGCACAAAAAGCCUUGAUGCUCGUUAAAUUGGAGAAAGAUAUCGCAGAUUUGAAGGCGAUUAUAGCGAGCAAAGAUGAAGAGAUUAAACAUCUUCUCGAGAAGACUUCAGAAUUGCAAGACGCCUUCACGUUAUCCGAGCAAACGAAAACAAAUUUGGAGAGUGAACUUCGCGUAUUUGAGUCGAAUGUGCAGAAAUUAAAUCAACAAAUUACAAGGGCGGAAGAAAAAGUAUCACAACUGUCGUUACAGAAGGAAAAACUGGAGUCUGAUAUAGCGAGCGCGAUAAGCACUUCCGCCGACUCGUCGGAACAACUGUCGAGAUACAACGAGGAUUUGCGAAGAAAGGAGAAGGAAUUGGACGAGGCUCGCGAGAAGAUUUUUCAAACGGAAGCCACACUGAAGCAAACGGAGGGAAAACUGUCCAAUACCGAGACUGAAUUGAACAAGAACGUAACGUUAGUCGAGCAACUGCGCUCAGAGAAAUCCAACUUGGAGUCGCAAAUGGGCGAAGCUAAAAAAUCAAAUGCAGAUAAUAUCAAAAAGAUACGCGAAUACGAACAAGAAAAGAGCGAAUUAUCGGCAAAGGUGGAAGAAGCUGAACGCGCAAAGAGCAAUUUGAAAGAGAUUUCUGGCGAAAUCACCAAUCUUGCGGAGCAAUUAAAGAAGAAGGACGAAGAAAUUGUUAAUCUUCGUGGAGAACGCGAAAUCUUGCAGAAUUCUCGCCAAGAAGAGACAUCCUUGCUACAGAAAAAAAUUACGGAUUUGUCGACCAAUUUGUCGACUUCGCGCGAUGAGAUAAAAAAUCUGGAAAAGUGCAAGAACAAACUGGAGGCCGAUCAGAGCGCGAAUCGCUGGUCGAUCGAAGAAUUGACGGAAAAAUUGAAAUCCGAAUCGGACAAAGCGUCGAAAUUGGAGAACUCGAUUCAGGAGAAGGAUUCGAAACUUCAGGAUGCGGAAAAUAAGUUGUCGGAAAUACAGAAAUUGCAUGACGUCUUAGUUAACGAUAAAGCAACUGCUGAUAAGAAUUUAGCAGUGUCUUUAAACACCAUGACCAGCACGGUGGAAGAGUUGAGGAACAAGUUGAAGGACGCCGAAGGAACGAUUAAAGAUAAGAUGGACGAAGUAUCAAAGAUGAGAAUAGAGGUGGAAAAAUCACAGACUCAAGUAGCCGAAUUGAAUGCUGCAAUGUCUUCCAUGAAAGAAGAGCAUACUCGUAAUAGCAAUGAACUGAAUAACGCACAAGAGGCAAUCGCACAGAAACAAAGCAAAAUAAAUGAAUUGUCCGAGGUCAAGACUGUUCUGGAGAAUUCAGUGAAGUCAUUGGAAAUCCAGUUAUCGAAUUUGCGCGAAGAAUCGGAGAAAAGAGAGAAAUUGCGGACAGACGCGGAAGUUAAGGUAAAAGAAUCGGAAACUUCUAAGGAGGAAGAAAUACUGAAGCUGCGGAAUUCCUUGGAGUGCGAAGUUGCGGCCAAGCAGAGGAAGAUUGACGACGUAAAUGAACAAAAUAAAGAGUUGGAGGACAAGUUGCGAUUGUCGCAAGAUGCUGUCGAUAAGCACAAAAUCGAUUUAGAUGGUAAAGAAGCUAUUAUUCAUAAAUUAAAGGCGCAAGUGAAGACCCUGGAGGACGCGCAAGUGGAGAGAGUCAAGGCAGAACAGCAGUUGCGGAAUGAGGAAAUUAAACAGAAACAGAAUGAGCUGAGCGGCGCGAACAAGCGAAUCCACGAGCUGCAGCAUGCAGUGAACACGCUCGAGAAACAGUUAACAGAACAGGAAACGAAAUCAGCCGAUCUGGCGAGAACCAUGGAAAAUAAUGAGAAAGAGGUGAACAAGAACAUGCAAAACCUGCAGGAAAAGCUGAACGUCGCUAAAGUGGAAGAGACGCGACUUCUGGACGAGCUGAGUAGGCUGGAGAAAGAGAACAAGCAAAUCACCGGGAAAUGCAUGGAGGCGACGAAUCAGUUGAAGCUGUCGCACGAAAACCUGAAGAAUACCUACGACGGAACGGGCGACACGAAACAGCACAUUGUCGCGAAGGAUAACGACGUCGCGAAGUUACAAGAGGAGAACGACACCGCGAAGAGCCAAAUAGACUUCCUGAACUCCGUGAUAGUAGAUAUGCAACGUAAGAACGAAAGUUUGCUGUGUAAGAUCGAGGUUCUCGAGAUGGGGAUCCCCGCGAACGAGGCCGAGGAUUACACUCGGAACACGCUGGACAAGCGAGCAGCGGCGCCCCGUAUGUUCUGUGAUAUUUGCGAUCAGUUCGAUCUGCACGAAACGGAAGACUGUCCCCGACAGGCCCAAGAUUUCACGGAGAGUACCGAAAGAGCGACGAAGACCACGCAGAAGAAGCAAUCCGUAGAGAGACCGUACUGCGAAAAUUGUGAGAUGUUCGGACACGACACGCGCGACUGCGACGACGCCGAGAUGUUUUAACGUUACGUCCGUAGCUUUAUUCCGUUUGCUUGCCAAGUGCGUCCCGUAGCUGUAAAAAGAUCUGUUAAAUUUUACAGAGUAUAUUUUUGUAUGCCAGAUUUUUCAAUUGCGUCCUAAAUCCGGGGCAUGAGUCUUCCCACGUAGAACGGACA